AUGAUUAAGUACCGCACUAGAUCUGGUGAUUUUCUAUUUCUUGGGAAAUCAUGCGUUUCAUUCCAUCCUUUCCCCUCUUCUUCUCCCUUCCCCUCACCGCCCUCCCUCUUCUUCCCCUCACCGCCCUCCCUCUUCUUCCCCUCACCGCCCUCCCUCUUCUUCCCCUCACCGCCCUCCCUCUUCUUCCCCUCACCGCCCUCCCUCUUCUUCCCCUCACCGCCCUCCCUCUUCUUCCCCACUCCCUUGCACGCUCCCCUCGAGUUUGGCCCUCCGUCCCUCCCCACCUCCCUCCCUCCCUGUGAUCUCUCACCCUCCCUCUCACCCUCCCUCUCACCCUCCCUCUCACCCUCCCUCUCACCCUCCCUCUCGCCCUCCCUCGCACCUUCCUUCCUGCUCCAUAUCUCCCCCCUCCAGUCUGGACGAUGCAUUGGACUCGACUCAGUGGGCAUCCAAACCUUCCUCAAGAACCUCCAUCCCGCCAUGCGGGAGAGACCCCAGGCCAUCAUGGGCGUGCCCUGGGACCCCAACUCACGCUGCAAUCCCAGUCCCCCUUUGGUUCUUUCCUCCCUCGCUCCUUCCCUCUCCAGUUUCGAUGAUGCGUUGGAUUCAGUGGGAAUUCAAACCUUCCUGAAGAACGUCCACCCAUCCAUGCGGGAGAGAGCACAGGCCAUCAUGAGCGUCCGUUGGGACCCCAACUCCCGCCCCAACCUCUUUGGGGAGAUGCGCUCACCCUUCCUUCCCCCGCGUUCUCCCCUCACUCCCACCAGUUUUGAUGAUGCACUGGACUUAGUGGGCAUUCAAACCUUCCUCAAGAACCUCCAUCCGGCGAUGCAGGAGAGAGCACAGGCCAUCAUGGGCGUGCCGUGGGACCCCAACUCGCGCCCCAACCUUUUUGAUGAUGCAUUGGAUUCAGUGGGCAUCCAAACCUUCCUCAAGAACCUCCAUCCCGCCAAGCGGGAGAGAGCACACGCCAUCAUGGGCGUGCCGUGGGACCCCAACUCGCGCCCCAACCUGUUUGAGGAGAUGGCGCGCGUGCUGCUGCUGACUUUUGAGAAUUCUCAAAAUUUUGAUGAUGCAUUAGACUCAGUGGGCAUUCAAACCUUCCUCAAGAACCUCCAUCCGGCGAUGCGGGAGAGAGCACAGGCCAUAAUGGGCGUGCCGUGGGACCCCAAUUCGCGCCCCAACCUGUUUGGGGAGAUUGCGCGCGUGCUGCUGCUGCCGACGCCAGCAGUGGCGGAGGCAGUGAGAUGGGCGCUGGGGAGCGGAGGGAGGGACGCUGAUGUGGUCAUUCACUUUCGGCACGGCGGGAGGGACGCAGAUGCGCUCAUUCACUUCUGCGCGGCGGGUGAGUGGCUUGGAUUCGCUUGCUACGUUGGUGCCAAGGUUGGGGUUGCCGUCGGCGGAUGCAGUGAGGUGGGCGCUGGGCAGUGGAGGGAUGCCGACGUGGUAAUUCAUUACCGCCACGGCGGGUUGCUGGCGUGGGGGAAGGGGAGAAUUCGGUGGGGCGGAGGCAGACGAUUGCUGGAGACAGAGGGUAGAGGAGAGGGUGGUGGAGAGAUAGAGAUGGGUGGAGAAGGGGAGGAGGUGGGUAGAGAAAGGGGUGGAGGACGGGAGGAGGAGGGCAGAGGAGGAGAGGGGAUGGGUGGAGGGGAAGAGGAAGGUCAGUUGGAGCGUGCGAGUGUGCGUCGUGACUCGGUGGUGGUGCUGCAGAAGCAGAAAGGGGGAGGAGGGAAGGGCAAGGGCAAGACAACGACUUUUGAGGCGCCUCAAAAUCUGGAGCGUGCGAGUGCGCGUCGUGCGAGUGUUUUUGAUGCGGUGGUGGUGCAGAAGCAGAAAGGGGGAGGAGGGAAGGGCAAGGGCAAGACAACCAAGGGAAAGACGAAGAAGGGAAAAACGAAAGUAGGAAAGACGAAAACGGGGAAGACAAAGAAGGGAAAGCCGGGGAAGGCGAAAUCGGGGAAGGCAAAGACGGGGAAGAGGGUGAAGUGGACUCAAGGACAGAAGAAGGCGGCUGGGGAUGAGGAUGAGAAAGGAGGGAAUAAGGAAGGAGGGAGCGAGAACAAGACAGCAGGGAGCAAGAAAGCGGCGAGCGAUAAGGACAAGCUGAGGGUGGUGGUGGUGGCGGAUCAUCCAAGCGUGUUCCGCAAGAUAGGUGCACUGACGUCCGACUUUGCAAAGGUGGGUCUACUGUGCCGCUCUUUGCAAAGCCGCUUGCACCUGUGCGGCGCCUGUUUGAACCUCGUGUUCCACCACCUCUUCGUCCUCUCUCGUUACCUCGUCGUCCGCGGCGGCUGCCGCGUCCUACGCGGAUUCCACGCGUUGCUCUUCCAACAGCAGCUCCCUCGCGCCCUGUCUGCGGCGCCGCGACCGUCUCGUUUUCGCUUCGUCGGCGCGCUGGCGUCGGCUGCGGUACGAUCGGGGGUGAUGGACCCAUCCGCGAGACGGGAUCCGGAGCUGGAGGGUUCCGCGGAGAGCGCGCUGCCGCAGCCUGCGCCUGCCGGGCCUCGUCCGCGUCUCCUUGCGCAUCCCUCCGCAAGCGAGCCCGUUCGCCGCUUCGAGCGGGUGCAAACACUUCCCCAUCGGCCUGCCGCGCGCCUCACCUCGCCGGAGUAUUCGUGGGCGCCUGCACGUGUUGCGUCGAACCGCCCGGACGGUCAGCCGCGGCAUGAGCGCGGGUGCUCGCCUCCGCGUCAGCCUCCUCGGCCGCCCUCUCCUCGCCGCCCUUCUCCUGAGCAUCGCGAGCACUAUCAGCGCGGGGAGGGGGGUCAGCGUUCCCCUGCACGUCCUCGCUCUCCUCGCCGCCCAUCCCCUCGUGGUCAGGCAGGCCAGCGCUCACCCCGAGCGCGAUCCCCCGCGCAACGCUCUCCGCGGCGAUCUCCGGCGACACGGGGGAGGGGGUCGCCUGGGCGUCGCUGGGAUUCGGGUCGCCGCGAGCAGUCCCCCCCGCGUCCACAUUCGGCUGGUUCCGGGGGACGGCGGGGCUGGCGGAAAGGCGGAGGGCGAGGCGGGAAUGGCAACCAGCCGGAUCCUGCCCUCGAUCGCGCUGCGGACACGUUCGUGGAGGUGGUGAGGCAGGCCCGGGCGAGUGGGGCGCCGACUCACGUCCACAUUGAGGUGACCAACGGUCCCCCCUUCGCCGCGGACCCCGGCCAGGUUGCUCCUCUGCGCGCGCCGACGCUGCGCGAAUAUCAGCCCGCGCGUGGGGGAAGGGCUCAGUUCCGCACCCCCCGUCAGGUUCCCGGCUUCCCUGCGCCGCGCUUAUCUGUUGGCCGGACUCCAGGCUGGCCGGCGGCGUUUCCGCGCGAAGCGCUGACUGCACCUCCCCCCACUCGCGCGGGGAGAGACCCCAUGCUGACGAUGUGCCGGAUUUUGAAUCUGGCGGAGGCGUGCGAGGUGGUGGCGAACUUGCAGCUGGCGGUGUGUGGGGCCACGCGGAGCUUUCCGAGCAGUUUCGGUCCAGGGUCCCGAGGAUCCUGCUUGACUUUGGCAGAAUCGCUGGAGUCGCCGUUGGCACCCGUGUCGGAUGCGCCCGCCGGGGUAGCUCCCUUAGCCCGUACUUUCCCCCGCCACGUGGGGGAUCUUGUAGGGGCUGCUCAAGCCGGGACCCCCUUGGACACGCUCCAGUCGUCGGCGCAUCUCCUUCUUGCAGUAUCGGCGUGCAAGCGCUCGAUGCUUGAGGUGGAGGGGGCGGAGCCGUACACGAUAUCAUUCAUCAUUCGUUUUGACCAUGCUAAGUUCGUGCGCCGACACCCGGAAAGCCCUCUUGCCUCUGCAAAGAACAAAUCACUCCCAUCCUUCCGAGUGCGAGACUGGGGCCCCCUGCCCCGCUGGGUGGCAUUGGUCGACUUCUUCCUUGCCGCCCGGGCGCGCUACGCCUUCAUUUCUGCAGGGCGAUCAAGGGUCUUCACCACCUUCUCUCAGCUCGCUGCCUCUCUCGCCGCUGCCAGGAGCCUAGAGGACACCCCCUCCCCUCAAGCAUCGCGCUUCCUCCUGCUAAGCGCCUUCCACUCGCACCUACUGGAAAACGGUUUAGCCAACCAGGGGGGUCGCGGCCACGCCUGGCACACCUUCUCUGGCCGCCUCUCCUGCCCCGCCCAGCCCCCCCAGUGCGCCCUCUCCCCCGCCCUGCCCUAUGCCUGGUGGGACGCGCCCUGGCAGUCCCCUGCGCGGGGGGAAGGGGGGAAGCUGAGGCGGUUGGGGCUGCAGGUGGGGGAAAGGGGGGAGGUGGGGGAGGAGGCUGUGGAGAGGUUUUGUGAGAGGCGGAAGGGGGUGGCUGUGAGAGUGAAGCUAGAGAUGGGGCUGAUAGGGGGAGGAGAGGAGGGAAAGGGGGAGAAAAAAGGGAGGGGGGAGGGUGAGAAGGGGAAGGGGGAAAAGGGGAAGGGGAAGAAGGGGGAGAAAGGGACGAAGAAGGCAAUUCAGAGAUGA